AAAAUGUCAAAUUAAUAAACAUGGUUCUUUAAAUGUGUACUGCGCAGUGAAGAGUGCUAUUUGAAGUUAUUUCCAUUAAAUAGAACCUUGUAAUAAGACAUUAUAUACCAGGAAAAGUAACCAAUCACACAAAAUGGUUUCUAAAAAGAAGAAGAAGUAUUCAUCCGGAGAGGGAGCGCAAUUUAUGACUAGGAAAGCAGCUUUAAAGAAGCUUCAGCUGUCUCUUAAAGAUUUCAGACGUAUUUGUAUAUUAAAAGGUAUUUAUCCGAGGGAACCUCGCAACCGUAAAAGGGCCCAGAAAGGUGCUGGUGGGAUCAAAACACUAUACCAUACGAAGGAUAUCAAGUUUUUGUUACACGAACCUAUAAUAUGGAAGCUCAGGGAGUUAAAAGUAUAUCAACAAAAAAUUCGUCGGGCAAGGGCCAUGAGGGAGUACAAGCAAAUGAAGAAGUAUCUACGUGACCACCCACAGAUUAACAUUGACCAUAUUGUGAAAGAAAGAUACCCUACAUUUGUAGAUGCACUGCGUGACCUGGACGACUGCCUCACAUUAUGUUUCCUCUUCAGUACUUUCCCUUCACUCAAGAAAGUCCCACGAGACCAGUCCAUGCUCUGCCGAAGACUGACUGUAGAGUUCAUGCACGCAGUGAUUGCGGCAAAAGCACUCCGUAAAGUAUUUGUAUCAAUUAAAGGAUACUAUUAUCAAGUUGAACUUGAAGGUCAGACUAUUACUUGGAUUGUUCCACAUCAUUUCUCAUUCCAGCCUCAAAGUAAGGAUGAAGUUGAUUUCAAAAUUAUGUCUACAUUUGUUGAUUUCUACACAAUGAUGCUUGGCUUUGUCAACUUCAAAUUAUACCAUUCACUCAACCUGGUUUAUCCACCUAAACUAACUGCGGCAUUCAGUGCUGAUACAGACAAGGACCUGAUUGAUGAACAUGUGUAUGUAGCAGAAAGGAUAGCAGCCAUGAACAUGUCGUUAUCCAAAGUAGCUGGAGCAAAUGAAGCCGAAGACUUACCAGAAAUAGACAUCUUCAACACAGAAGAUGAAGAUCCACAGAAGUUGGAAGAAGCUAAACUAGAAGCUGAAAAGGUUAAAAAGCUUAAAACAAUGUUCAAAGGUCUUAAAUUCUUCAUUAACAGAGAGGUUCCCAGGGAGCCGCUGGUCUUCAUAAUCCGUUGCUUUGGAGGUGAAGUGUCCUGGGACAGAGACCAUUUCGUAGGCGCCACAUUUGACGAAUCUGAUGAAAGCAUUGCCUACCACAUUGUUGACAGGCCAUCAAUGGAUAAACAGUAUCUGUCCCGUUACUAUGUUCAGCCUCAAUGGGUAUUUGACAGUGUUAAUGCAAGGACUUUACUUCCUAUCAACCAAUAUCUGAUGGGUGCAGUUCUACCACCACAUCUCUCACCAUUUGUUGAUAAAACUAAGGAUCAAGUGUAUAUUCCUCCUGAAGAGAGGGCACUCAAUGAUCCAGACUUUAAACCAUUGGAUGGUAAUGAAUCUGGCACUGAUAUUGAAGAAGCCAGCGAUGAGGAUAAAGAUGAUGAAGAAGAAGAGGAUUCAGAGGAAGAUGGUGAUGCUGAGGCAGCUCUAGCCAAGCAGUACCAGCAGGAAGUGGAAGAAGACUCUACUUCAGAUGAAGAUGACUCAGUAGACCCUGAGAAAAAGAAACUAGCUAAGGAGAAGAAAAAGGCAAUGGCUGUUACUGCUGGUGUACCUCAUAAGGAGCAUCCCUACCAGAAGGAAAUAGAGGAUAAGCAAGCUUUCAGAUUAAGGGAGAAACUUGUACGCAAGAAGCAUAGAAAUCUAUACAAAAGCAUGAAGGCUGGCCAAGAGAAACGCAAGAAGGAAAUAUGGCUGCUCAGGAAGAAACGACGCCUUCACGACGAAAAGGUUAAGGAAGAAAAGAAAGUAGAGAAACGUAAACAAAAAGUCCAAGCAUUGGAAGCUUCAGCUUAAUUGAAAAACUAAUAAAAAUAUAUCAACACAAA